AUGUCUGACGGCGGCGAUAUCGAGGUCGAGAACGUGGGCACCUACGACGUCCUCCCCAAGGACGUCGUCAAGGAGGUCGGCAACGUCAAGCUUUUCAACAAGUGGGAUUACGAUGUUGAGGUCCGGGACAUCUCUCUGACUGACUACAUCUCCCUCCGCAACCCCGUCUAUGUCACCCACUCCGCUGGCCGCUAUGCCGUCAAGCGCUUCCGCAAGGCCAACUGCCCCAUCAUUGAGCGUCUCACCAACUCGCUCAUGAUGCACGGCCGCAACAACGGAAAGAAGCUCAUGGCUGUCCGCAUCGUUGCCCACGCCUUCGAGAUCAUCCACCUGAUGACCGACCAGAACCCCAUCCAGAUCGCCGUCGAUGCCAUCGUCAACUGCGGUCCCCGCGAAGACUCCACCCGUAUCGGUUCCGCCGGUACCGUUCGUCGCCAGGCCGUCGAUGUCUCCCCUCUGCGCCGCGUCAACCAGGCCAUCUCCCUCCUCACCACCGGUGCCCGCGAGGCCUCUUUCCGCAACGUCAAGUCCAUUGCCGAGUGCUUGGCCGAGGAGCUGAUCAACGCCGCCAAGGGCAGCAGCAACUCGUACGCCAUCAAGAAGAAGGACGAGCUCGAGCGUGUCGCCAAGUCCAACCGGUAA